UCCUAUGUCAUCAACUCAAGGCGCUUUGUUGUUCUUUCGGGAUAGAAAGACAGAGAAAAUGAAUUUAAACUCGUUGUAAACAGCGUGGGUCAAGCAAAGAUAUCGUGCCAUUUGGCUCAGUAUAAUCAAACGCCAACCAGGUGUGGAGUUAAUCCGGUGUCGUCUGCAGGAAAACUGGCAUAUUUGUGGGACUAAACAAUCUCAACAGUGAGCUAGCAUUAGCCUCUCCGGGAGGGUUUCCAGAUUGGAGCGGAAGGGAUUCCAGGCACUGGGAAGAAGGGGGUAAAUCUUUGCUAGGAUGCCUCACGCAAGUUGGAAAAAAACUGUAUUUUACAGAUCAGCUUGGAAUCGUGGCACUUCAACCCUGAAGUAUGUGUUUGUUUGACUGAUAAUCAAACUGCAGGUACAAUUUUAUGGUGGUUUUGUAACUGUUAACGUGCUAGUUUAGCGAGUUAGCCACGUAGCUACGUAGCCUUCUUCUGUAGGAAGACAUUUAAAAUGGCGGAAGACUGGCCCAUUCCUUCGGCCCUCGUCUUCAUGCUUUUGAGUUUGAGUGCCUGGGCCCUUGAGUCCUGUCCGGCUCCGUGCUCAUGUUCUGAAGGACAAGAUGGGCUCCAUAUCCUGGACUGUAAUAGAAAAAGGCUGUCGACGGCUCCCCUGGACCCACCAGAUGGGAUAACCCAAGUCACCAUGAACCACAAUGAGCUGACUGCUCUUCCGUAUCUUGGAGAUGUUUCCUCAAACAUCACGUCGCUGUCACUAGUCCACAAUCGGAUCUCAGAGCUGUCGAUGCAUCAGCUGCAGCCAUACGUUUCCUUGGAGACGCUGGACCUGACAUCUAACUCCAUCUCUGAGCUCAAAGUUGGAUCCUUUCCCUCCAUGCAACUGAAAUAUCUGAAUUUGACUAAUAACAAGAUCAGUGUCCUCGAGCCUGGCUGCUUUGAAAACAUCUCUAGCUCCCUGCUGGUGCUGAAGCUGAACAGGAACAGAUUAGCUGUGCUGACAUCCAAAGUCUUCAAACUUCCACAGCUUCAGUUCCUUGAAAUGAAGCGUAACAAGAUCAAGACAGUGGACAGCCUGACAUUCAAAGGGAUGGACUCACUGAGGUCACUGAAGAUGCAAAGGAACGGCAUCUCUAAGCUCAUGGAUGGAGCCUUUUUUGGACUUAAUAACAUCGAAGAACUAGAGUUGGAGCACAACAACCUAACCGAGGUCAACAAGGGUUGGCUGUAUGGCCUGCGCAUGCUGCGUAUCCUGCGGGUCAGCCAGAAUGCUGUCGGCAUCAUCCGACCAGACGCCUGGGAGUUUUGCCAAAAGCUGGAGGAAUUAGACCUGUCCUUCAAUCAUCUGACUAGACUGGAGGAGACAGCUUUUGUAGGAUUAGGUCUCCUGGAGAGCCUGAACCUGGGAGAGAACUCUAUCAGCCAUUUGGGAGAGGGAGUGUUCAGCAGCCUGGCCAGUCUGCGCACGUUAGAUAUCCGUAAUAAUGAAAUCUCCUGGGCGAUUGAAGAUUCCAUCGGUGUGUUUGAUGGGAUGAAAAAGCUGAACACACUAAUCCUUCAGCGGAACAAAAUUAAAUCGAUCACUAAGAAAGCGUUCGAGGGACUGGAGGAGCUGGAGCACCUGGACCUCAGCAAGAACGGCAUCAUGUCGAUACACCCUGAGGCGUUGUCCCACAUGAAGCUCAGAGUGUUUGUCCUGAACACGAGCAGCCUGCUGUGUGACUGCCACAUGCAGUGGCUGGGGCCUUGGCUGACUGACAGCCAGUUCCAGCAGUCUGUGUCCGCUAUCUGCGCCCAUCCUGCCAGCCUACUCGGUCGCAAUGUUCUUUCCAUCAGCCCAGAAGAGUUUGUUUGUGAUGAUUUCCCCAAACCGCAGAUCACAAGUCACCCGGAGACGUCCGUGGCACUGCGGGGGAACAACGUGACUCUGAGCUGCGUCGCGUCCAGCAGCAGCGAUUCGCCGAUGACCACGGCGUGGCGGAAAGACGGGGAGGUGCUGUAUGAUGCAGAAGUGCAAAACUAUGCGCAAUACCAGGAGGGAGAGCUGAUCUACACCACCGUGCUUCACCUCCUCAAUGUCAACUUCACCGAUGAAGGGCGCUACCAGUGUGUGGUAUCCAAUCACUUUGGCUCCAACUACUCCAACAGGGCCAAGCUUACCGUCAACGAACUGCCAUCCUUUCUUAAGACACCCAUGGAUCUGACUAUCCGGACUGGGACCAUGGCCAGGUUAGAGUGUGCCGCCGAAGGCCAUCCAUCACCCCAGAUUGCUUGGCAGAAGGACGGAGGCACCGACUUCCCCGCCGCCCGAGAGCGCAGGAUGCACGUGAUGCCCGACGACGACAUCUUCUUCAUCGCUAACGUGAAGACGGAAGACAUGGGAGUGUACAGCUGCACGGCUCAAAAUGCAGCUGGCAGCCUGUCAGCGAACGCUACGCUCACCGUCCUGGAAACUCCAUCCUUCAUGCGGCCGCUCGAAGACAGAACGGUGGCUCGCGGCGAAACCGCCGUGCUUCAGUGUAUAGCCGGAGGCAGCCCCGCCCCCCGCCUCAACUGGACCAAAGACGACGGGCCUCUGGUACUCACAGAGCGUCACUUCUUCGCCGCCGCUAACCAGCUCCUUAUCAUAGUCGACGCCGGUCCCGCCGACGCCGGGAAAUACACCUGCAUCAUGUCUAAUACUCUGGGAACAGAACGCGGUCACAUCUACCUGAGCGUCUCACCGUCACCAAACUGCGAUACCGGCGUGGGGUACGACCAGGACGGGUGGACCACCGUGGGCAUCGUGGUGAUCGUGGUCGUGUGCUGCGUGGUCGGAACCUCGCUGGUCUGGGUCAUCGUCAUCUACCACAUGCGCAGGAAGAGCGAAGACUACAGUAUCACCAACACAGAUGAGAUGAAUUUACCAGCAGACAUCCCCAGCUACCUGUCCUCUCAGGGUACUUUGUCAGAGCCUCAGGAGGGCUACAGUAACUCUGAGGCCGGCAGCCACCAGCAGCUCAUGCCUCCUCUCUCUAAUGGAUAUGUCCAUAAGGGCACAGACGGCGUGUGUUACGGAGACACGGGCAGCGAGGUGGAAACCGAGGGCAACGGCAUGCUGCACUGCAGGGUCGGCUCUCUGUUCACUGGCCGUAGCAGCUUCCACCCCGGAGAGGCUCGCGAGGGACUAGCUGGAGUCCCUGCAGGUGGCGCGGUCCCGCUGGUCAUCUGCUCCGACUGCUACGACAACGCCAACAUCUACUCUCGCACGCGGGACUACUGCCCCUACGCCUAUCUGGGGGAAGACGACCCGCUAGACAAGACUCUACCGGGCCUGAAGGAGAGCUUCAGUGAACACGCCCAGCAUGAGGACACGACACUGGAGAGCCUCAUCAACAACCGAGACUCCUCCGUCUUUCUCACCUCACACGACAAAAGGUUGAGCAGCCACACUCCUCCAGAGCACUACGCUAACGAUUCUCUUAGCAGGUCAUUCUGGGGAGAAGGGGAAGAUCCAUCUUCAAAACCCCAACCAGGCAUGUCCCAGCACCCAGUGACUGUACACAGGACACCCCCUCUGACUUCCUCUACCGACGGGGCAGAGGAACAGAGUGAAGCAGAGGCGGCGGACUGCUUUCCCAACCAAUGCACACAGAACCACAGAAGUGCCUCUAAUAGGACUAACCCUCAGGAGCAUCCCGCUCCCACAUAGGUCCUAACACUACACCCGUGUUCUGCCUCUGACUCCUCGUCGCUGCACCCCUCCUCCUUCACCCACUACCUCCUCACAUUCUGCCAAAGAUGCUCUCUUGUAUGUUUACAUUCCCCUUUUCACUCAAGAGGACAUGCUGAAUUUCUCUACUGUGGAAAAAGACUGCUGUGUCAGGCUGGGAAAAAAAAAAAACGGACAGGUGAUUUAAAGCGACCUCCUCCUCCUCGACACCUCCACCUCUGCAGGACCCCCUCACUCACACACACACACUCCACUAUAUUCUUUGUUCUCUUUUUCUAGAGAAAGCUAUGAAUGUAUGCUUCAAAGAGCCAUGUCGGAUGCUGCCAUGAGAGAAGAUAUGGUAGUGUCUUCACAAGCUCUCUCUCCUCUCCUUCCCUGCUGCUGUGAGGAUCAAAUUCUCGUGCCGGUGCGCAUCACACUGGCAAUUUUUGUCUCAUCACACCCGGUACAGACACCCGUCGGAGCAGCCCGCAUGACGUCGGUAGAAUCAGGAACCACCUCUUCCCAAGUGGGUAAAAAAAAAAAGGGGUUUAAAUAGGGGACAAUUCCCUGACCAGCAGUUUUGUGGUUGUUCAUACAGGAAAGAACCUUGAAAGCAUACAUCCUCACAUUCCCCACAGCCAUCCCUACUGACUCCAAACGAUGCUAUCUGGUUAUCCUGUUAUGCAAAUCCCAGAGACAGUGACACCAAAACGUGGUGUAUAUUAUGAAUAUAUAUGAAUAUAUCCUAUAUCAUCUUUAUCUGAGUUUGUUUUUUGUCAUACGUCAAAACGGAAUCGUUUAUUCCUUCAUUUCGUGUCUUUGUAAUAAUAAGCAGUUUGGGGAGAAAGCGUACAAUUUUUUUUGCACAUGUGACAAUCAUGGUUUUGCUGGCUAUUUGUUUCAUGGUUGUCUGUCGGAUGGCCUUUUUUUUUUGUUUUUUUUAAUAAGCAUUCUCAGUAACCUCCAUCAGGUGACUUUUAUGGUUUAUAUAGACAGUAUGCACUGACUUCUUUUUCCCUUUAUAUCUUACAGGCACUUAAUUUAAUGGUGGUAAACUUUAUUAUGCAGUGUGCAUGUCAUUUUACAUCGUGAGGAUUUAUCGUCACAGUUUUCUCUCAAAAAAAGUUCAUGAUCCUUCCGUAGAUGUCGAUAAAGGUUUUCACUUGGGACUGUGAAAAAAAAAUGAGAAUGUAUUAUAUUAUUUUCUACAUGUAUGUAUGUUAUUUUAUACAUGUACGUGUAUGUAUGCGUGCGUGUGUGUGUGUGUGUGUGUGUGUGUGUGUAUUAGGGCUGAACAAUUUUGAAAUAUAUCUAAUUAUUUUUACUGAUAUUGCACUCGCGAUAUGAUUUGCAAUAUUAGAGGGAAUGAUCACUUUUACAUCAUUAUUUUCAUCUUAAUUGAAAAACAUUCAAAUGAUUAUGGUGUGAUUAUUGCAGAGAUCUGUACCAAACAAAGAUGUUUUCUUAAGCCUGUAGAAUAUAUAUGAUAUAUAUAUAUAUGAUGUGUAGGCCAGGACGUCUCCGCAGCACCACAAUAUUUAAUUUAAAAUGGUAUAUUGACACACAAAAUUGCAGUAGGUCAUGUUGCGAUUUUGAUAAAAAUUUGAUUAAUUGUUCAGCUCUUAUAUGUAUGUAUGUAUAUGUAUGUGUGUGUGUGUGUGUGUGUGUGUGUGUGCGCGUGUACAUAAGGCUAGUAAUCUAUUAAGUUCCAUGUCUGUUUGCAGAGAGGUUCGAGACAUAAGCUGCAGUAACUUUUAAAACACUCAUUGUAAGCCUUUUAUUGUCCCAGAGUUAUCAUUGUUUUCUACGUGUCAUGUCAGGUAACAGGAUGAAAACAUUUUCUUUAAAAAAAAUGGGCGUCAUAGCGAUUAAACAGCUGCCAACUUCAGCUAUCUGUACUGUUUUCAAGGCGUCAGCUAUUAAACCGCUUUGAGGAUUUGAAAAUGCUUCUUCUUGUGCAAAGGAAAUUAGUCUUGUUUGAUCUUAUGAGUUCUCCUUAAAAAUCCUCUUGAUUAUUGCACUUCAGAGUUGCUCAGAUGUGAUUGGUUUUGGCUUUGUUUGUGACAGAAAUCUCACAUUUCCUCAAUAUAUUAAGCAAAUGAUAUUCUACUCAUUCUUCAUGGGUAUGGUGUCUGACAACAGAUUGCUUUCCAGAUUUGAAAGUUUUUCAUUUUCGUUAUUUCCAUUAUGGUGAUAAUCGGUACUGUCUGCUCUUCUCUGUUUGAUCAAGAGAGGACCCGUCAUGUUAAAGUAGUGCUACACUGAGUGUUCGAGGGUACUGAGUUCAGACACUAAAAAAUCAAAAAUGCUGAAAAGUUAAUCUACAGGGCAAAAACGUGUGAUUGUGUAAGUCGAUGCUACAUUUUGGAUUUAAUGUCACAAAGUGGAAACAUGGCCGAACAAGUUGUUGUUGUUAUUUUUGUUUUAUCACAUGUAUGUGAUAAGCAUCGGUACACCUCCACCUCCUCAGUGGUACUUGCAUAAAUGACUUUCAUGUCAGUCUUGCACUCUCUCUUUUUUUUUUUGUUCUAACUUAUUUGUUCAAUCAUGUUUGCCUUUUUAUUACCAAAUCAGCACAUUCCAAGCCUUUUCCUCUGAAUUUAGCCAGAAAGGUGUCAACCAAGUGGGUAUGUUUUGGUUUUGUUGUUCAAGCCAACUUGACUCUGACUUUUUCCUCUGUAUUUUGACAGUCCUUGUUUCAGUGGAAGCAGAUUCUCAUUGUUGAUGUUUUUUCCUGACUAUCGGCCAGGGUCAAUUUCAUGCGCCUCUUGAGCAAUUGAGCAUUUGAAAUGAAAACUUGCAGUGAUAAGUCAUCCUAAUGGAGCUACAUGUCCUGGGGGGGGCAUACAUCGAUUCACUGUUCAAUAUUUUCUGCCAACGCAGCGCAAUAUAAUGUGCAUUUGUAUUGUUUUAUUCUCUGAACGUCCUUUUAUGACUUUAUACCAAAGUUUAGCAGUAAAUGCUCUGGCAAUAUUCCAUGCUGCUUUUUUUUUUUUUUUUUUUUUGUAUUGUUGAAGUUUUGCAUUUUAUUUUCAAUAGUAUUUUGUUUACCUGUACAUUCUGUAAAGCAUGUCUAAAGAGCCUUUUUUUGUUACGUAGCCAUUACUCAAACAUUAAACAUGAAUUCUGAUAA